AUGGCAUACAGUUGGCAAACAGAGCCAAAGUGCAGCGAACCACAGGAAGGUGGAUAUGAUCCCCAACAAUUUCACCAUGCAAACCAGCACCUUUCUUCCCAGCAAGUCAGGUUGGGUUUCGAUCAGCUAGUGGAAGAGAUCAAUAAUAAAACUCCACUGUCUGAGAGUGAAAAAGAAGAAGAGACAUGUUUUGGGCCAGAUGCACCAAACUUAGGUUCAAAAUGUCAAUCCAUAUGUGCAACACACCCAAGACACUUCAAUGACUUCACUCCUCAGAGCCCUGACCCUUCCCAGCUUCCGUUUGGAAAAACAUCAGCCAUUGGUUUUAAUCCUGCUGUACUACCUACCCAUUGGAUCACUCAUGGGGGAGCCUCCUGGAGUAAUCCCACAGGAAAACAUCAUGGCAUCGAGCAUCCCAGAGUCAAUGCUCUAACUCCAUCAUCCACUACACUGGAUGAAUGUAAUCCACCAGGACCGUCAGGAACCAAGCAUCAUAACUAUGAUGUCGAACUUGGAGACAACAUCCCCCAUCAUCAUUCAUCCUACUCAAGGGACUCCAUGCCCAAUAGAUGGGAAAGAAGAAGUGGAGAUGUGGACCUUGUAGAACCUUCUCUGGAGUUCUCUAAAGGCUCCUUCCUACCCAGGGCAUCGCAGAAAGUGUCAAUGGAAAGCACAGAGCCAGUUGCUUGUCCCAUUGAAAUAGUCGACGUACCCCAAGGGAGCAACAUGAGCCUGGCCUCCUUUUGCCGCAAAGUAAAAAGAAUAAGAGAAUUAUAUCAUGCAAAUGACAUUAAUUCCAAUUCUGGGAAGAUCUGGGCCAUCACCACAGCCUACCCAUCUCGCCUCUUCGCUGACGCCAAGUUCAGAGUAAAAAUUUCCACUGAUAACGCAGCACAACUCCUUCUCACGCCAAGUGCUAAUUAUCUUGUCAAAGACCUAAUUGCUGAAAUUCUACUUUUAUGUGCAAAUGAGCUUCUUUCCCCCAAAGAGUAUCUUCUAAGUAUAUGCGGUUCUGAAGAAUUUUUACAGAUGGAUCACUGUCUAGGGAGCCACAAAAUAUUUCAGAAAAAUAAAGCUGUCAUUCAACUUCAUCUUCAGAAAAACAGGGGCACUCCAGGAAAAUUAUCCCGGAAGAGUGAAGAUGACCACAGUCCGUUUCAUCUGAACCAACUUCUAGAAUUUACACAUAUUUGGAAAAUAUCCAGACAAUGCCUCUCCACAGUAAUGAGAAAAUACAACCUCCAUGUCAAACACCUGUUGGAAAUCCAGGAAGGUGUGGAGGAGAAACAUUUGUCAUCCAUGUUUUCCAGUGACCAAUACACUUCUCAGACACAUGUGAAUAAUGUUAUAGAAGAAGUUAAAAACAUAUGCACUGUUCUGGGGUGUAUUGAGACCAAUCAAGUUUCAGAUGCAGUAAAAGAACUAAAUCUAAUUCUUCAGAGACAAUCACAGAAUUUUCAUCAGAAUUCAGAGACUUCGAAAAAAGGCUUCAUAGAGAAAGUGACAGCUGAACUAUCCAAGUCCAUCUAUCAGCUAAUUGACGUGUACUGCAGUAGCUUUUGUACGGAUUUCCAGCCUGUGCACACACCUGGAGGUGUCUCCCAUGUCCACACUGGGCUCCACUCCCACCUGAGCUUCAUGGUGUGCACCCUGCACAAUGUUCCAGAGGCUUGGGCACGCAGCUACAAAGCAUUUUCGUUUUCCUGCUGGCUCACAUAUGCUGGAAAGAAGCUGUGCCAAGUGAAAAGCUGCAGAUCCCUGCCAGUCACAAAGUCAUUCUCUUUUUUGGUCAACUGGAAUGAAAUAAUCAAUUUUCCUCUUGAGAUAAAGUCACUUCCAAGAGAAUCCAUGCUCAUUAUAAAACUGUUUGGGACCGACUCUGCCACCCACAGCACAAAUCUGCUGGCCUGGACCUGCCUUCCACUGUUUCCAAAAGAAAAGUCGAUGCUGGGCUCUAGGCUGUUGAGCAUGACAUUACAGAGUGAGCCUCCUAUCGAAAUGAUAGCUCCAGGAGUAUGGGAUGCGAGCCUGCCUUCUCCACUGACCCUGCAGGUAGAUUUCCCAGCCUCGGGAUGGGAGUAUGUGAAACCUGCGUCUGAAGAGAACAGAACUGACCGUGAAGAGCCUCCAAGAGAGUGUUUAAAGCACAUCGCCAGACUCUCCCGGAAGCAGACUCCCUUGCUACUUUCUGAGGAAAAAAGAAGAUAUUUGUGGUUUUAUCGUUUCUACUGCAAUAAUGAGAACUCCUCUCUUCCUCUGGUCUUGGGUAGCGCCCCUGGUUGGGAUGAAGGGACAGUUUCUGAAGUGCAUGCCAUCUUGAGAAGGUGGACGUUUUCACACCCGUUGGAAGCUCUUGGUCUUUUGACGUCCAGGUUUCCAGACCAAGACAUUCGUGAAGUCGCCAUUCAACAAUUAGACACCCUCUUGACUGACGAGCUACUGGACUGCCUCCCACAGCUGGUUCAGGCUGUCAAAUUUGAGUGGAAUCUCGAAAGUCCCUUGGUGGAACUCCUGCUUCGUCGCUCCCUGCAAAGUGUCCGCGUGGCUCACCGUCUGUACUGGCUGCUGCGGGAUGCACAAGGUGAAGUCUACUUUAAAAGCUGGUAUCAGCAGCUCUUGGCUGCUCUCCAGUUCUGUGCAGGAGAGGCCCUGAAUGAAGAGCUUUCCAAGGAGCAGAAACUUGUCAAACUUCUGGGUGAUAUUGGAGAAAAAGUGAAGUCGGCCAGUGAGCCUCAGAGAAAGGAUGUGCUAAAGAAAGAGAUUGGCAGUCUAGAAGAAUUCUUUAAAGAUAUAAAGACUUGCCAUCUUCCUCUGAACCCGGCCCUGUCUGUAAAAGGAAUUGAUCGGGAUGCAUGCUCAUAUUUCACAUCUAACGCUUUGCCGUUGAAGAUUACUUUCAUCAGUGCUAAUCCAAUGGGCAAAAAUAUCAGUGUUAUUUUUAAGGCUGGGGACGAUCUUCGGCAGGAUAUGCUUGUUCUGCAGAUUAUUCAAGUGAUGGACAAUGUUUGGCUACAGGAGGGCCUAGAUAUGCAAAUGAUCAUUUAUGGAUGUCUGUCCACAGGAAGAGCCCAAGGAUUCAUAGAGAUGGUGCCUGAUGCUGUAACACUUGCCAAGAUCCAUCUGCACUCUGGGCUGAUAGGACCGCUGAAAGAAAACACCAUCAAGAAGUGGUUCAGUCAGCACAACCACUUAAAGGAAGAUUAUGAAAAGGCCUUGAGGAACUUUUUUUACUCUUGUGCUGGCUGGUGUGUGGUGACAUUCAUCUUGGGAGUCUGUGACCGACAUAAUGACAAUAUCAUGCUGACAAAGUCAGGCCACAUGUUUCAUAUUGACUUUGGAAAAUUCUUGGGUCAUGCACAAACAUUUGGCGGUAUAAAAAGGGACAGAGCCCCUUUCAUUUUUACUUCAGAGAUGGAGUACUUUAUUACUGAGGGUGGAAAAAACACACAGCAUUUUCAAGACUUCGUAGAGCUUUGCUGCAGAGCUUACAACAUUGUCAGGAAACACAGCCAGUUGAUCCUGAGCCUUCUAGAAAUGAUGCUGCAUGCCGGACUGCCUGAGCUAAGGGGAAUCGAAGACCUGAAGUAUGUGCAUAACAAUCUCCGCCCACAAGACACAGACCUGGAAGCCACAAGUUAUUUCACCAAGAAGAUAAAGGAAAGUCUGGAGUGUUUCCCGGUUAAACUGAAUAACCUGAUCCACAUACUUGCCCAGAUGCCAGCCUUGAGCCUUGCCAAGCCUGCCCCUCAGACUCUUCUCCAGGAACCCUGCAUCCUGAAUAAAACCAGGACAAUUCAGAGAGUCACUAUUGUAGGGCUCAGCAAGACACAGAGCAGCCUGUACCUGAUAGAGGUGACAUGCAGCGACAACAGGAAAAGCCUGACCAAGAAGUCCUUUGAGCAGUUUUACAGACUUCACAGCCAAAUGCAGAAGCGGUUCCCCACCUUGGCUCUCCCAGAGUUUCCUCACUGGUGGCAUCUACCUUUCACAGACUCGGAUCAUAAGAGGAUCAGAGAUCUGAGUCACUACGUGGAGCAGGUGCUGCGUGGAUCUUAUGAAGUUGCAAAUAGUGAUUGUGUACUUAGCUUUUUUCUCUCUGAACAUAUACAACCAACACUUGAAGACUCUCCAUUUGUGGACCCAGGUGAGAAUUCUCCAGACAAGAACCCCAAGGUACAGUUGCUAAUGACCUAUGAAGACUCAAAGCUCACCAUCCUGGUGAAACACUUGAAAAACAUUCAUCUCCCAGAUGGCUCUGCGCCCAGUGCACAUGUUGAAAUUUAUCUUCUACCACAUCCCAGUGAAGUUCGUAGGAAGAAAACAAAGUGUGUUCCAAAAUGCACUGACCCAACUUACAAUGAAAUUGUGGUAUAUGAUGAAGUCUGGGAGCUCCAGGGCCACGUUUUGAUGCUCAUCGUGAAGAGCAAAACUGUAUUUGUGGGAGCAGUUAACAUCCAACUCUGUAGUGUUCCCCUCAAUGAAGAAAAGUGGUACCCGUUGGGAAACAGUAUCAUCUGACUAACGCCAUCAGCAUACAUAUUAUUGAGUACUUGUAUGUUUUUAGCUUGUACUUCCCUCUGUCACAUAUGCAAGGCAUCUUUCUUCUGGAAGAUACCUUAGAGAAGUGGU